AUGUCUCGUAGCAAGUUUGCCCUUGUCACUGGAUGUGGCCGAGGAGGAAUAGGUGAGGCGCUUGUUCAGGAAUAUUGUUGUCACGGCAUCCAUGCCAUCGCUACAGUGCUUCCCCAGGAGGCGAGCGACCACUUGUCAGAGGCAGGAAUUACCUUCUUCCCUCUUGACGUUACCGUCGAGAAGUCAGUCUUGGACUUGAAAGCUAGCGUGUUGAAACUUACUGGCGGUCAUCUUGACAUUCUCAUAAAUUGCGCUGGCAUAACCUAUACCAUGACAGCCAUUGACACAGACGUGGUUGCGGUGCAGCGCAUGUUCGAUGUUAACGUAUUCGGGCCUAUGCGCAUGGUGCACCAUUUCCAUGAUAUGAUCAUUAACACCACUGGAACGAUCGUGAACAUCGGUUCCAUUGGCGGAAUUAUACCUUAUUUAUAUGGAGCAUCAUAUAAUGCUACCAAGGCAGCACUCCAACAUUGGUCUAACACUCUCCGUGUUGAAAUGGCGCCAUUUAAAAUCAUUUCUGGAGAAGUCAGUACCAACAUCUUGAAGAAUGAUUCCCAUAGGCGACUACCAGAAGGAUCCUACUAUUCUCCGCUCGCAGAGAAUUUCCAACGGCACGUCACGCGGACUCCACAAGGUGCUACUGAUCGUUUUAAAUACGCAGCGAAUGUUGUCGCCCAGACUCUGAAACGAUCCCCGCCAGCAUGGUUCUGGUAUGGUAGCUUUACGGGCAUGAUUCGUUUCCUUGAUACGUUUGGAUGGCGCACGGUCUGGGACUCCAUGUUGUGGCGGAUGUUCGACUUGGGAGAGUUGAAGCAAGCUCACAAACUUCUCGUUGAUGAAGCCGUUCUACAGAGUGAGGAAGGAUCAUAA